AUUCAAGUUCCCUCAGAGGACCCGAAGAAGAAGAAAGCAGAGGCAGAAGAGAAGGACAAGAAGGAGGGCUCAUCUAAGCUCAAUGGCGAAACCAAAGAGGGAGAGGAACUCUCAGAAGAGGACGCACAGCUCAAGAAUGAAUUAGAGAUGCUGAUUGAACGGCUGAAGGAAUCCAAUACUGAGCUCUAUCGUCCUGCACUUGAAACCCUUCGCACACUGAUAAGAACAUCAACAUCGUCUAUGACCUCCGUACCAAAACCCUUGAAAUUCCUUCGCCCACAUUAUCCCGAUCUCCAAACACUGUAUGAUACUUGGUCCGCGUCUGAGGACAAGAGUCUCUUUGCGGAUAUCCUUUCUGUUCUUGCCAUGACAUAUUCUGAUACGCAACCCCGAGGGACGCUCCGUUAUCGCCUUUUUUCUGCUUCCAUGCGUCCGCCUUCAUCGCCUCUUUCUGAGCCAGGUUCAUGGGGUCAUGAAUAUGUCCGACAUCUUGCAGCUGAGCUUGGUGAGGAGUAUCCGAUCAAAAUGCCUGGGACUAUCGAUGAUUUGAAAGGGCUUGCGGCUCAAUGUGCUAAAUUCUUCCUCGGACAUAACGCUGAACCUGAUGCCGUUGAUCUACUUGAGGAACUGGAGAUGGUUGACCGGAUAGCUGCUUUGGUGGACGAAAACACAUAUGCACGAGUAUGCGCAUAUAUGGUACGCUGCGUGGGUUUACUACCACCCCCGGAUGACGCGGCUUUCUUGCGCACAGCGCAUCAAAUUUAUAUUCAAUUUUCGAAAUUCCCGGAAGCCCUUAGUUUAGCUAUACGGCUGAAUGACCAAGAGCUUAUUCAACAAGAUUAUAAUGCCCCUAGCAAUCCCUUGAUGAAGCGUCAGCUUGCUUUCCUUCUUGCACGUGCGCAGGUCCCACUCGAGUGGCUGAUCCCCGCCGGAGGGGCAGAUGAGGAAGAAGUUCCAAGCGACUUACUAGAAUGUCUAAGUAAUAGCCGACUGAGCACACAUUUCAGGGAGUUCGGUAAGGAGGUUGGUGUUGCAGAUCCCAAGAGUUUAGAAGACGUAUAUAAGAGCCAUUUGGAGAACACUAGAACAGGAGCUGCAGCUAAUGUGGAUUCAGCCCGAGGGAAUCUUGCAGGGACCUUUGUGAAUGCCUUCGUGAACGCUGGCUUUGGGAAUGACAAACUUAUGGUGGAGGCUGAAGAAGGGAACAGCUGGAUAUACAAAAACAAGGAGCAUGGCAUGUUGAGCGCUGCCGCUAGUCUUGGUCUUAGUCUUUUGUGGGAUACUGAUGUCGGUCUGAGCCACGUUGACAAAUAUACAUAUUCCUCAGAAGAGUACAUCAAAGCUGGAGCUCUUCUCGCAACUGGUCUUCUCAAUACAAACGUUCUCACUGAAGCAGAUGCUGCUCUGGCGCUUCUUAGUGAAUAUGUCGAUAACAAAUCCGUUCCUCUAAGGACGAGUGCUAUCAUGGGUCUUGGUCUUGCCUAUGCAGGAUCUCAUCGCGAGGACCUUAUAUACGUACUUCUUCCAGCUGUAGCUGACGAGUCAUUGUCGAUGGAAGUCGCAUCCCUGAGUGCGCUCGCCCUCGGUUUUGUCUUUGUUGGCAGCGCAAAUGGCGAGAUCUCGAGUACCAUACUGCAAACGUUAAUGGAGAGGGAUGACAAAGCUCUAUCAGAGAAAUGGGGUAGAUUUAUGGUGCUGGGUUUAGCGUUUUUGUUCAUUGGCCGAACAGAAGCUUCUGAUGCAACGAUGGAGACUUUGAAGGUAAUCGAGCAUCCAAUUGCAAAACAGGCACAGGUCAUCGUGGAGGCUUGUUCGUGUGCUGGGACUGGGGAUGUCCUGAAAGUGCAAGCGAUGCUACACUAUUGCGGUGAGCAUCUCGACGCCUCGAAGGAAAAGGAUGCCGAGGACAAGGAUGAAAAUAAAGAUGAGAACAAAGAUGAGAAGAAGGAAGAACCGAAAGACGAUACAUUCCAAGCAUUCGCCGUUCUCGGUAUAUCACUGAUUGCUAUGGGAGAAGACAUUGGUUCGGAUAUGUCAUCGAGACAGCUAAAUCAUCUCAUGCACUACGGCGACCCCAUUAUCCGUAAAACAGUGCCCCUAGCUUUGGGUCUUGUUAGUGCCUCGAACCCCCAACUUCCCAUCUUGGACACACUCUCGAAAUACAGCCACGACAACGAUCUCCAGGUUGCUCUCAAUGCCAUAUUUGCCAUGGGCCUUGUAGGUGCAGGCACGAACAAUGCUCGUCUUGCCCAGAUGCUACGACAACUGGCUGGGUACUACUACAAAGAGCCAGAUUGUCUGUUCAUGGUACGGAUCGCUCAAGGACUGGUGCACAUGGGGAAAGGCACGAUUGGAAUCAACCCUUUCUUCUCUGACAGAAGUAUCAUGAGUCGGACGGCCGUUGCUGGGUUGUUAGCUACACUGACUGCAUUUACUGAUGCCAAAGCCUUUGUGCUCGACAAAUACCACUGGAUGUUGUACUUCCUUGUCACUGCCAUGUACCCACGAUUCCUUAUAACCCUUGACGAGAAUCUAAACAACGCUCCUGUCACUGUUCGUGUUGGUCAGGCUGUCGACGUCGUUGGUCAAGCUGGUAAGCCACGGACAAUAUCAGGCUUCCAGACCCACCAAACACCGGUGCGCCUGGGUACGACUGAACGAGCGGAGCUUGCGACGGAAGAGUUCAUACCAUUCGGUCAUGUACUCGAGGGCUUCGUGAUCUUACAGAAAAACCCAGGAUGGGAAAAAGAAGAUACGAUGCAAGCGUAGAUCGUUACUUGUUUUGACUAGAUGGACUGAAAUGCAACAUGACUUUUUUUCACGAUUU